GUGCCGCCGGUGCUGCCCGGCGCGGAGCGGAGCCCGGCGAGAGCCCGGCGGGGCCGGCCGAGGAUGGGCACGGAGCCCCGGCGGCAGCCGCCCCGCAGGAGAUGAGUGAAGAUGCAGCACACCACGUGCACGGAGGACAGGAUCUACCACGCGCUGGAGCGGUGUCUGCACGGGCUGAGCAGGGACGCUGCGGCCAGCAGAUGGGCUGCCGGGCUGUGCCUGAACUGCUGGAGCCUGCAGGAGCUGGUGAGCCGGGACGCCGGUAACUACCUGAUCCUGGUGGAGAAGAUCCUGGGCAAGACCAAGGAGGUGCAGGAGAGGUGCGACUACGACCUGGUGACGCCCCUGGCCCUGCUCUUCUACUCGGCCGUGCUCUAUGCUCCUCACUUCCCCCCCGGCUCUGACCUGCUGCUGAAAGCCGCCAGUGUCUACCACAGCUUCCUGACGUGGCCCGUGCCCUACUGCGACACCUUCCGGGAGCUGCUCACCUUCAUCAGCAACGAGCUCAAGGCGCCAGGCAUCACCUUCCAGAGGCUGGUGAGGACGGAGCAGGGGCUGCCUGUGAAGAACUACCAGAGCUCCACGGUGACGGUGCUGCUGCUGAACCGCUCGGAGGUGCAGAGCGAGUUCGCGUCCAUCGCCCGCAGGCUGAGCUCCAGCGAGCCCGCCCAGCACUCCACGCUGCUGCUGCUCCUGCAGCACCUCUACCAGGCCACCUUCGGCACCCGCUGCGACCUGGACGGGCUGGGCCAGCUGCUCAAGUCCAAGCCCCUGGAGGAGCUCUCGGAGCUCUACGCCAGCGCUGCCGAUGCUCAGGAGGCGGCGGCCGCCAGCCCCGACCCCGCGCUGGCCCGGGAGCGGCUCCAGGCCGUGCUGCGCGACAUCGCCGGGGCCGCCUCCUUCCCUGCCAUCGCAGGCGAGGCCCAGCCCCGCAAGCUGCAGCCCUUCCCCAUCCCCCCCGCUCGCUGCUACACCUACAGCUGGGACCAGGACAACUUCGACAUCCUCAACGAGGUCCUCAGCAAGGAGUGCAGCAUUGCUGAGCCCCAGGCCUCGGAGAACGAGGAGGAGGAUGAGGAGGAGGAGGAGGAGGAGGAUGUGGAGAUGGACGGCGGCUCCCCUGAGCAGGACUCGCUGCUGGCCCCUCUCUGUGCCAUCCCCAGUGACUCCGUGUACUCCGUGCUGGCCGAGGAGGGCUCCAAGCUCCCGCGGGUGUCCCUCUUCGCCUCCCCCAAGGAGUCCAUCUCGGAGCUGACCAUGGUCUCCAGGAAGUCCCUGAAGUCCUUCGUGUCCAGCCUGAAGGACUGCAUGGACAGUGGCUACGCCGAGGACAGCGACGAGAGCUCGCUGGACACGGCGGGCCGGCCGGAGCCGCGGGCGGACGGGCCGCCCAAGCAGCGCCAGUCGCUGACCCACCGGCUCUACAAACUGCUCAAGAGCAAGGGCCAGCAGCUGGUGCAGCGCCGGGACUGCCCGGGGCCCUGCUCGCUGCCGCUGCGGCGCGCCGAGAGCCUGUGCGUGUCCCCGGCGCAGCCGCGCAUCCCCGCGCGCUCCCGCCGCGCGCUCUCGCUGCCGCAGCACGGCCCGGGCCGGCGCGGGCCCGCCCCGUCGCCCCCUCGGCCCCUGGGGCUGCCCCGGCGCCCCUUCCUCAGCUCCGACGACGAGGCCGAGGUGGGCACGCUGCGCGUGGUGGUGUUCGGCUCGGACCGCAUCUCGGGCAAGGUGGCCCGCGCCUACAGCCGCCUCAGGCUGCAGGAGAGCUCCUGCCCCUCCCUGACACGGUACUUCAGGCUCCAGUUCUUCUACGUGCCCGUCAAGAGGAGCUGCGUGGCUCCAUCGACCCCGCAGACGCACCACCACCAUCAUCAUCAUCAUCACCACCCCUCGGCGUCGCCGGGGGAGCCCCCGCCCCGGGCACAGGACCCCUCCCUGGCCGGGACGGAGAGCAGCACCAACGACAUCUCGCACUACAUCGGCCUGCUGGACCCCUGGUACGAGCGCAACGUGCUGGGGCUGAUGAGCCUGCCCAUGGGCGUCCUGUGCCAGUGCGCCAAGCCCGAGGCUGAGCCCCAGGAGGACGCCCGGGAGCAGCUGCCCAUCCUGGCUGACAUGAUCCUCUACUACUGCCGCUUCGCCGCGCGCCCCGUGCUGCUGCAGCUCUACCACACCGAGCUCACCUUCAUCGGCGGGGAGAAGAGGACCGAGGUCUUCAUCCACUCCCUGGAGCUGGGGCACUCAGCAGCCACGAGGGCCAUCAAGGCCUCAGGUCCAGGCAGCAAAAGGCUGGGAAUAGAUGGAGACAGGGAAGCGAUCCCACUGACACUACAGAUUGCAUACAGCAAGACAGCGGCCAGUGGCAGGAGUCACUGGAACGACGUGGAGAAGGUCUGCACGUCCGUCAACCUCAGCAAGGCCUGCAGGAGGCACGAGGAGCUCGCCUCGAAGACAGAAUGUCUCAACCUAACCAUGACUGAGGUGGUCAAGAGGCAGAACUCCAAAUCCAAGAAAAGUUUCAAUCAGCAGAUCAGCGUGUCCCAGAUCAAAGUGGACAAGGUCCAGAUCAUCGGGGUGCAGUCCUCCUUCGCCGUGUGCCUGGACCAGGAUGAGCAGAAGAUCCUGCAGAGCGUGACCAGGUGUGAGAUCUCCGUGUGCUACAAGCCCAGGGACUGUGACCCCCUGGCACCGAGGGGCUCCCCUGUGGCUCCCCAGGACCCCUCCGAGUUCCACUCCCUGCUGUGUUUGCCCAUUGCCACCUUCAGUGGGGCGCUGCCGUAGAGGAGCCGUGUCCCUCCAGACCCGACUCCGGCCCGCACCACUCCAGGCUCAGGAGAAGGAGGAGGACACCCAGGCCUGCUUGUCCACGAGCUCCUGCAGCUGGAGAGUCCCCGUGGGGUCGGUGUGGGGGCUCAGCUCCUGCUCCAGGCUCAGCCCCUCCUCGGGAAAUGGGGUCCUCGUGCUCUGGUGCCCCAAGGGUCCCUCAGGACGUGCCUCCUGGAUCUCUCCCGUGGGUCAGCAGAUGCCAGCGCCUGGUGGGAGGGCAGGGCAAGGACAGGGACAUUCCCUGCCAGGAAAUGGUGCAAGUGGGAUAUGGGAAGGGUGAGCUCAUGGGGGAUAUUUGGGAAAGGAAUGUCCUCGGCUCAGUGGUGUCGGGUGUCUGUCAGUGCAUGGCAGUUGCAGACCCCAUGGCACUGGGGACAUGCCAGCCCGUGUCCCGGUGGCGUUUCACCUGUCACGUGUCGAGGAUGCUCAGGACACUUUUCUGGGACGGGAGCAGGUUUCUCAAGGUUUCCCUUGCCUUCUGGAGGUCGGGUGUCCUGCAGGGACGCAGAGCAGGGAUCCUGCAGCGGGGGAUCCCAGGGAGCUGAGCACAACAGGCCGUGCCAGGGCAAGCCCAGCUGCUGGUGCAUCCAUGUAUUUCCUGCGCACCCAGCAGAGGAAUUCCCAGUUCCUGCAGGGUUCCAGCACUGAGCUGUACUCCCAGCCCAGCCCCAGGUCGUGCAUCCUGCUCCCAGCACUGUGUGCCAGAGCCAGGCCAGGGCUGAACCCUCAGCAGCUGCUGGAAAUCCAUCAGGAGCCAUGCUGGACUCCCAGCAGGGAGGGAAGGACUGGGGAAGGCACCAGGAUUGCCUUGGGGCCACUGCAGAGUGACAUUUGCUGGAGAGGGACCCAGUGCCAAGCCCACCGAGUGACACCUGCAGUGACAGCAGGAUUGGAGAUCCUCCCCGCCACAAACAUGCCAGCCUCUUCCCCCUCUCUGCCAGGCUGUAGGUACAGAAAGGUGCAAUAUUUGAGGGUAUUUAGGGGUGAUCUGACCCUAUGAGCAAAGAAGCGGGACUGGAAAAGCCUCGGGCUGUUUCUGGGUGGAUUUUGGGGAUUGUAGCCGUGCCAGCGGCACAAGAGCUGCUGCAGGGUCCCAGGAGCUCGGUCCCAGUGUUCUGUGUUCCCUGGAUGUGUCUGGAGGGACCCCCGGCACUGCUGGGGGCUGCAGGGCUCAGCCACAGUGGGCUCAGUCCAGGGGCUCCCUUGAUCCUGCAGGAAGCAGGUCCUGGUGAGCUCUUGGCGCUGUCCCCGAGCCUGGGGGCACAGCAGCCGUGUCGCUGAGGUUCAGUCUGCCAGGGAAAGGGCCAGAGCCCCUGGGGGCUCAGGUGUCCCAGAGGAGAGCGGGUUUGGCUGCUGGGUUCCCCCAGCCCUGCUGGGCCCCCUCCUGUGCCCCUGGCUCUGCUCCCCGCUCUGCUGGCUGCUGGGCAGCUCUGCUCCCACUGUGCCCUUGCUGGGGACGGCUUGGCCUGGCCCAGGGCUGGGCACCGAGGCCCCCAAAGGGUUUCCUCUCUGCCUUUGCCCUCCCCAGGCAGCUUUGGGGUUUGUUCUCUCCAGUGAGGCUGGAGUUUGGCCCGUGGUUGUUCUUGCUCGGGGCUUUAAACCAGCGCCUUGUCCUGUCAGACACUGCUCGUGGGGAUCCUGGGAUCCGUGGCCAAAUCCGUGCCAGGACGUAAAUCCUCUGGCUUCAGCUGGCCCUGCAGCAGUCCUGGAGAAGAGAAUUCCCAUCCCAUAGAGAAAACCAAGCCCAGACUCCAGGGACUCACUCAUAAUCCUGGCGAAGGCUCUGACCUCUGAUGCCUUCUGGAAAUGAGAGAAUUCCAGGGCCCUUUGGGGUGGUUUUUGUACAUUUGUGUAGCCUCAGCAAAUCUAUGUAAAGUCUGUGCUGAUCUGUAAAAUACUGUGCAGAGAACUUUUAAAGUAAUUGUAAAAUAUUAAAAGUUGAUUUAUUUCCA